AUGCGGGAAAUCGCGGAAGAUACUAGGUUUUCGCAUAUAUUAAAAGAUGCCAAAUUUAAAAAGCUACCUAAAAAAGAAGUAAAGGUUAAAAUAGAUAAAAGAUUUGAGUCUAUGUUUCAUGAAAAAAAAUUUCAACUUAAAUACGAAGUUGAUAAACGAGGUAGAUCUGUUAAUUUACAAAAAUCAGAUGAUUUAAAGCGAUAUUAUGAUUUAUCAGACACAGAAGAUGAUUUGAAAAGCAAGAAUGAUGACGAAAAAGAUGCUGAAAAUGCCGAAAAUAGACUUUCUGAUUUAAAACUCUUAAAAAUUAAUAAAAGCGAAAAAAAAGCAUUAACACCUGAUAUUAAAAAAAAAUUAAAAGAUUUGUCUGUAGACUAUGCCAGAGGGGAAGGAAAAAUUUACUCAGAUAGCAGUUCUGAAGAAGAAUCUUCUGAGUCUGAAGAUGACUUUGAUUUUAAUCAUGGUUGGGGAGAGCUUGACAAAGAUGCGGAAAAAACUGAUGAAGCAACAAAUAGAUUAGCAGUGUGUAAUUUAAAUUGGGAUAGAAUUGAAGCAGUUGAUUUAAUGGUGUUGUUCCAUUCAUUUUUACCAUCUGGUGGCAUUAUACAUUCUGUAACAAUAUAUCCAUCAGAUUUUGGAAUUCAAAGAAUGAAAGAAGAAGAAGAAAAGGGACCUGCAGAAUUAACAGAAACCAUGCCUGAUGAAGAAGAACUUCAAAAAAUUCAAAUGGAAAAACUAAGAAAAUAUCAAUUAAACAGAUUAAGAUAUUAUUAUGCUGUGGCUGUUUUUGAUUCGCCACAAACUGCUGAUGUUAUUUAUAAAGAGUGCGAUGGAUUGGAUUAUGAAUCUUCAAGCAGCAGAUUAGAUCUUCGUUUUAUUCCUGAUGAUACAACAUUUGAUCAAAAACCUAAAGAAGAAUGUACUUUGCUACCUGAUUUGUCAUUGUACAAACCCAAAUAUUUCAUAACAUCAGCAUUAACAAAAGCAAAAGUGGAUUUAACAUGGGAUGAAACAGAUGUAAAUAGGCAGGAAAUUGUGAGAUCCAUGUACAAUGGAAAAACUGAUGAAAGCGUGGUUAAAAAAUAUUUAGCGUGUUCUUCAUCAGAAGAUGAAGACGAGAAUGAUUUAAUUGAAGACACUAAAGAAAAAGAAUUAAAGUCUAAUGAUAAAUUAAGUUUUAUUGAUAAAUACAAAGCAUUACUAUCAGAAGUGGAAUCGAAUGAAAUUAAAAAACAAAAAGAUAAAGUUGACAUGGAAGUCACGUGGAAUUUAGAUUUAGAAAACAAAGCAAAUGAAAAUAUAAAAGAAUUAUCUAAGGAAAAAGAAUCUAAAACUCCUUUUCAACAAUAUUUGGAUAAGAGAAAAGAUAAAAAGAAAAAGAAAAAAUUGGAAAAACAAUCGCUCAUAUCUACCGAGGAUUCGAAUGAAGAAGCUCCUUUUAGCGAUGAUGAUAUUCCUUCGGACAUUGAUUUAAACGAUCCGUAUUUUAAAGAAGAAUUAAAAAAUUUCAAAACUAAAAAAACAGUAAAAAGAAAUAAUCCGGCUCAAGUUGAAGAAGAUGAGAAUACUUUAAAACAAAAAGCCGAAUUAGAAUUAUUAUUAGCGGAUAAUAGUACAGAUAAGCAUUUCAGUUUGAAAAAAAUUGAAGAAAGUGAAAAAACAAAGAAAAAUAAAAAAGGAAAAAAAAGAAAAGCAGUAGAUGAUGAUUAUUGUGAUAAUUUUAAAAUUGAUGUUAAUGAUGAAAGAUUUUCUGCCCUAUACACGUCUCAUCAUUUUAACAUUGACCCUGCAGAUCCGCAAUUUAAAGCAACAAAAGCAACAAAUGAACUUAUUAAAGAAAAAUUAAAAAGAAGAGAUAUGGAGGAUAAUGACGUACAUUUCAAGGGAAAAAAAAUAGAUUCUACUGAAGGAGAGAGCAAGAAAAAGAUUCAAGAUCCAGAAUUAUCACGUUUAGUACAAAAUAUUAAAAAGAAAACUAAAAGUAAAAAAUUUACCUGA